AUGGCUGCAAAAGCAAGCGCAGAUGCCACUGCCAGCAAGGCAUUUGGUUCUGAUGGUACAGGGCCAACUUACAUAGAGAUCAUCGUGGAUUGUACUAUCGGAUUUUUGGUGAUUAUUAUAUUUGUUGUUCUCUUUGCAACGAUUGUCGUUAGAAGGCGACGUGAAGAAGCAGCGAAACUGAAGAGCAACCCCGCUCACGGAGCAGAUGUUUCACCUCACAAAGACACUGAUGGUCCGGCCCGCAAAGGAAGUGAUAAUCGACCUCGCGAAGACCAUACUCCUGAUUCUCGACCUCGCGAGGAUAGUACUCUUCCUGAUACUCGACCGCGCGAGGACAGUACACCUCCGGAUGCAGCAAAACCAGAUGGUGGUGGCGGAGGUGCUGGAGCUCCUUCUAACGGCGGUAGGAUGGAUGCCGGGAAAUCGCCGAUAUUGGUCAGCCAACAGCGUGAGGAAAGCAAAGGGAGUGAAAACAUUGGAAGGAGAGAAACAGCUACCUCGGUCAUGACUAGAACAAGCGCUCCGGACGGAGAACCAGAAGAAAACAAUCUGAGAGGAAACGUCGCCCAGUCUCUGUGCAAAAAUCGCAUCCACCGUCCGAGAUUCUUGGCAUCACAACGGCAU